GGAGAAUGGACGACCUGACUCGGACAGUGACAAGCUUAAGAUGGCGGCCAACGUGACGUCAUUCAAUUACUUUCUUCCGGCGACCAUGAAUCUUGAAAGAAUCACAGCCCAGCGCGGGGGCUAGGAGGCAGCCAAGACCACCAAGCUUCUGUUUCUCCUGUCAGUUGGACAUGGCAUCGUCAUAUCCAGUGCAAAGUGAAACGUCCGAGGGGCAUAUAAGCCCACCGAAUUCCAGCGACACAAUCAACCCACCAUUUGUUAACUCUGCGUACACUCUAGCACAACAUGACUGAUUACUGGAAACCUGGCACUCAGUACAAUGACGAUACAGUAGUCCAAUAUGAAGGUCCGUUUCCGUUCAUCUUUUACUCUCGGGCAAUCAAACCAUCCCAUCCAGGUGUCUACUACAAGAUCAUUCAGUAUCACCGAUCCCAGAGUGACUGGGCCCCGCCCGUGACGCCUAACUUAUGGAGACCCCUGGUAGACUAUGAUCACCGUCACCAUCCCCAUCAUGAGACAUCUGGUCAAUGGUGCGGAGACCGCAGGUCCAGAUCCAGAUCCAGAUCCAGAUCGUGCUCUCCGCCAUACGACCGACCUCCUAAGCCCCCGCAACCUUGCCGUCCCCAUCAUGAGUAUUCUGGUCAAUGGUGCGGAGACCGCAGGUCCAGAUCCAGAUCCAGAUCCAGAUCGUGCUCUCCGCCAUGCGACAAACCUCCUAAGCCGCAGCCUUCCAAUUCCCCUCAAGGCUGCAUCCGGCCGACUCAUGAGGAGUGCCAGAAGCACUGGUAUGACCUUGACGACAAAAGGAAGAAAGAGUUGGAGAUUGGAGGGGCCCUCCUGGUCGGUGUCGGCGCCCUUGCCGUCUACGUCCAUAAUCACCACGGAAAGAGUGAGGAGGAGAAAAAGGCGCAUGCCUGGUCGCUAAGCAACUGGAUUCGCGAUGCGGAGCAACGCACCAAGGCCUUCCGAAGUGGACAUUACCCCUGUCCAGUAGCAUGGGUCCUCAAUGAGGGUAAGAACAUCCCAUCGGAUGCUAUCGAAGGUGGAUUUGAGCGCGGCUCGUCUUUGUACAUCUGCCGUGCUUACUACGAGGGUUGUAUCAUUGUCGGAAAGGCAUGCUCUGUCUUCAAAAAAGGGGGUGUGAUUGGCUUCAAGAAGGAAGAGAUACACAUUGUUAAAUACGAAAUCCUUGUUGGGAACUCUCAAGCAGUGCGAUGGGUUAACAUUUCCGGCCAAUUUAGUUUGGCAUCUCUCAAUGGGCUUCGACCUGUUGAAGGUGGCCGGGAGCCCGGAGGCGCUUCUCACUACAUUGCCCAAGCUCCCUACCAUGGGGCUGUGCACCCGGGGAAGGCGUGCGAGGCGUUUGGUGAUGGUUGCUUCAUCACUUACGACUCCACAGAGAAGAAGGUCAAGGAUUAUUCGGUGCUUUGCUACAAAUGAUAGGACGUGUUGGAAGAAGAUGUGAAUUAGCAGCAUGUUAGGUUGGCGUGAAAUAUGUAACGAUUAGUUUUGCCUAUGUAUGGAAAAAAAAUUCAAUGUAAGGCAUUGGAUUUGCAUAUUCACUUAUUCAUUUGUAAUCUCCUGCAUCGCUGUAACAAAAAGCAGCAUGACCACCAGACUGGGCACUCACUUCUACUAGCCAGGCCUGUCAAAGAAUUGGGAGAAGCGGUCGUUUCUUCUAAUAAUUCACAGAGUCCCAAGCAGAUC